AUGAGCCGCGCUUGGGCCUUGGUGGCCUCGCUGGCCUUGCUUGGUCCGCUGGUCUCCGCUGUGUCGACCUACGUCGAGGUGCCGCAGGAGACGACCGUCAACGGCACCGAGUACUCGAUCAGCGAGCUCACCUCCAAACUGUUCGUCAGGACCGACGAGUUCGAGCUCAACGCCACCAGCUGUCUCCAGUACUCGUUCCACUUCAAGGAGCGCCGCGUUAGGUCAGUCCGCCAUCUUUUGAUGACUCACUGGUAA